AUGCCAUUGCCAUCUGAAAUUCCACCACAAACUCGCCCAUUGCCACCACCAAUCUCCGUUCUUCCGGCUCCAGGACAACCACAAACUCGUCCAUUGCCACCACCAAUCUCCGUUCUUCCAGCUCCAGGACAACCACAAACUCGUCCAUUGCCGCCACCAAUCUCCGUUCUUCCUGCUCCAGGGCAACCACAGACUCGUCCAUUGCCACCACCAAUUUCGGUUCUUCCGGCUCCAGGACAACCACAAACUCGUCCAUUGCCACCACCAAUCUCCGUUCUUCCAGCUCCAGGACAACCACAAACUCGUCCUCUUCCACCACCAAUCUCCGUUCUUCCAGCUCCAGGACAACCACAAACUCGUCCAUUGCCACCACCAGCCGGAAUUCUUCCAGCCCCAAUUACACCACAAGUGAGACCAUGGCCAAUGCCCCAACCACCACAUGGUCGAAGUAUUGCCAGGACCAACUUUCCCAGAAGUGCAACCAUUCCAGCCCCAGAAAGCCACAAGUUCGUCCAUUGCCAUUGCCUCUGCCACCACAUGGCGAAGUAUUGCCAGGACCAACUUUCCCAGAACUCCAGGACAACCAAAACUCGUCCAUUGCCACCACCAAUCUCCGUUCUUCCAGCUCCAGGACAACCACAAACUCGUCCUCUUCCACCACCAAUCUCCGUUCUUCCAGCUCCAGGACAACCACAAACUCGUCCAUUGCCGCCACCAAUCUCCGUUCUUCCAGCUCCAGGACAACCACAAACUCGUCCCUUCCACCACCAUUGCCGGAUUCUUCCAGCUCCAACUACACCACAAACUCGUCCAUUGCCACCACCAGCCGGAAUUCUUCCAGCCCCAAUUACACCACAAGUGAGACCAUGGCCAAUGCCCCAACCACCACAUGUCGAAGUAUUGCCAGGACCAACUUUCCCACAAGUCAUGCCGUUGCCAAUUGAAGUGAACCCACAGACUCGUCCAUUGCCGCCACCAAUCUCCGUGCUUCCACUUUUCCCAGAAAAUGAACCAGGAUGCGACAACAUCUUUCAUCCAAUUCCCGGAGGCGUUGAAUCCUUGAGGCCAGAAGAAAUUAUCUUCUAA